CGGUCUUCAAAGGCUGCCUCCAACUGUUCCAUUUUUCUUUCCGUACGAGUACGUUCGAGUACAGUAGUUUGGUUGAUACUGUCCACGUGAGUGAACUUGCCUCUCCAAUUUGGUUUCAUAAUUUGAGCAGGAUCUUGGGAUUUCUAUGGCUUAGAAAAAAAAGGUAGGAGGAUCAGUUUGAGAUUGUAGAAAAUCGAUUUGGGCUUGUGCAUUUGGGGCUCAACUGUUGUGGCAUAUUUUGAGUCGGGUCCCAACUUUCGUAUUAUCCUGGGAAUGGUCUUCUCUGCAUACCAUUAAACCUUCAUCUCGACCAGGACUCUUCUGGUGGCCCAAGUUCCCAACUUUUCGGUUGAAGAAUGAAUGGUUCCAGUCAUUUUGACAGUUUGGAGUCCAACUCUGAGACAGAAUCCUCUCCAUCCAAUCAUCAAAGAAGCACUCGAGACCGGUGCCCACGUACUCUCACCAUCCGAAGGAACCAGCUUUACGAUGCCAAUAACGUCCCAUCCAAUCGACACAAUCAAGGCCCCACAAUUCCCGAUUCAGAGCCAAAUCCUCACAGGCAAUCAUCCGACCACGUCACGAGUAGAAGAGGUCUUUCCCGGAAUGGGCACAAUUUCCAGGACUUUGCCAAUGCAAAACGUGGUGAUAGUGAACAUGGAUCAGGCCGACUGGCCGAUCCAAAUGGUCCAAAAGGGAUCAGAGGGACCAUCUCAUCCAUGGUAACAUCUUUCAAAACCGUGUUUCAUAUUGGAGUCCCUCGAGAGCCAAGGCUCCAAGCCUCCAAUAUGCUGAACAACAACUCCAAGGCCAGCUUUCUUGACAAUGACAAUAGCCGGAAGGGAAGACCACCCAAAGCCAAUAAAGAUGGGCGACGUUCCACCAACCUGAGAAGUUACCAAAGAUUUGGAACACGCGGAGCCGUUCGACCUGUUCCCUUGGGGACAUCCAACCGCAAAUUCUAUGAUAAAUUGCCUACUUCCGAAGAUGUCGCUCAAUCUCCGUCCAGAGAUGAGGCUAGUGCAAUCGUUAGUCCAAUGUCCAUCGAUACCUCAACCAUUGCUUCAACAUCCACACCCGCAUCCGAGUACUUGGACAACCAUUUCCUGGAACACUGGGAUGAGGAGGAGUUAACCUGCCAAGUUUGUGAUCGAUCUUUUACCACGCCAAAUCUCUUGGAGAGACACCAACAGAAGAGACGUCAUUGGGGGUGCUCGAUCUGUGAAUGUCUCUUUGAUUCGCUCAUGCUUCUUGAGCAUCACAAAGAGGAGUCAGAACAUUGGUCUGAUGAGGGAUUUUCGGACUCGGAGAGCGAAUCGGAUGAUUGGCAAUUGGACGAAUGGCGACACUAUCAAUUGGAGCGGAUGAUUGAAAUGGAAGAGACCGCUUUUGGACCGGAUGCUCAAAUCGACAGGAGAAUGCUCCUCUUGUGAUUUUUUAAUUUCGUUGGAUCAUUUUGAUUACGGGCUUUUUUCGGCUCUAAGUAAUAAAAAGAGAGGAAAACGACGGAUUUCUAUGGAAA